UGGUGGUUUGUUGGAGGUCAAGUCAAAACCCCAGCCCAUAAAUUAGAAAACCAAAACUGAAAAUCAUACACACCCAAAAAGCCUCAGCUCUCUCCCUUUCGAUUGUUUCCAAACCAAGGGCGAGGGGUUUGUUGUAUUGUAUGCAUUAAACUCUUUCCCUAAAACCAAAACCAGAAAAAAAAACACAAAAGAAAGAGAACCCAUCAAACCUUCAAAUCUAUCUAUCUAUCUAUCUCUAUCUCUCUUCUCUUUUGGUCUGAUCUAAACUUCCCACGUUGUUUUUGACAACCUUUUUUCUGUCAGAACACUCCAAAUCUGCUUGCAUUGGGAAAUCUGUUUAAAGCUGUCAUUUUGAGCUCCCUUGGUAUAUUGAAAUUUUCAUAAACACAAAAGGGUUGCUGAAAUUCCUCUUAACAUAAGCAAUACCAGGUCUUCGCAUACCAAUCAGAUUGUUCGAUGCUUUUGCAUCCCUAGAUAUUAAUGUCCUUAUUUGUGGAUGAGUGUUUGAUCUGUGGAAGCUGUUUGCGAUUUGGAAUUGUAGGGAAAAUAUAACAGAGACUAGGAUUAGAUCAUGUUCACAACAUAUACUCGAUGAAUUGUUUAAUAGCCGGAUCAUUUGGUUGAGAAUAUGUGAGGUAUGGUAUCAACUACACUAAUGAAGAUUAUGGCACCGUGUUGGAGACCUUCUGUGGUUGAAGGUGAAAAUUCUAAUAGAGCUGGGGAUGCAAGUGGUCGAGUUGAUGGUUUAUUGUGGUACAAAGAUUUAGGAAACCACGUUAAUGGCGAAUUCUCAAUGGCAGUUAUUCAAGCAAACAGUUUGCUGGAAGACCAUAGCCAACUUGAAUCAGGACCAUUGAGCUUGCUUGAAUCCGGUCCCAAUGGAACAUUUGUUGGAGUUUAUGAUGGACAUGGAGGUCCAGAAGCAGCCCGAUUUGUAAAUGAUCACCUGUUUAAGAAUCUCAAGAAAUUCACGUCAGAGAAUCAAGGAAUGUCCGCUGAUGCUAUCACCAAAGCAUUCUUAGCAACUGAAGAGGAGUUUCUAUCUUUAGUAAGGAAGCAGUGGCUAAUUAAGCCACUGCUUGCUUCAGUGGGUGCGUGUUGUUUGGUAAGCAUAGUAUGUAGUGGGCUGCUAUACAUAGCAAAUGCGGGAGAUUCUCGUGCAGUGUUAGGGAGAAUGGAAAAGACUGUUAAACAGGUGAAAGCUGUUCAGUUAUCAAUUGAGCACAAUGCAAGCAUAGAAUCUGUGAGAGAGGAACUGCAUUCAUUGCAUCCCGAUGAUCCUCGGAUUGUGGUAAUGAAGCACAAGGUUUGGCGGGUGAAGGGCCUGAUACAGAUUUCAAGGUCCAUUGGUGAUGCCUACUUGAAAAGGUCGGAAUUUAACAAAGAACCUCUGUUGGCAAAGUUUCGACUACCAGAACCCUUCCAAAAGCCUAUCCUAAAAGCUGAACCAACAAUAUUGGUGCAAAAACUCUACCCCGAAGAUCAGUUUCUCAUACUUGCAUCAGAUGGCCUAUGGGAGCAGUUGAGCAAUCAGGAGGCAGUUGACAUCGUUCAGAACUAUCCACGUAAUGGUAUUGCAAGGAAACUUGUCAAAGCUGCACUUCGUGAAGCAGCAAAGAAGAGAGAAAUGAGGUACUCAGACUUGAAAAAGAUUGACCGAGGGGUGAGGAGACAUUUCCAUGACGAUAUUACAGUAAUAGUUCUAUUCCUAGAUACACAUCGGAUCAGUCGUAGCCGCUCACACGGACAUCUGCUUUCAAUUAAGGGAGGUAGCGGCGUCCCCUACAACACCUAGAUUAGGAGGUUCUAGUCAUCUAUCACGCAAACCCCUUGUUUUCUUCAUUGUACCAAGAAACGAGCUGUAUGUUUUUUGUUACAAAGAGGAGAGGGUUUGUUUUCUUUACAGAGAGGAGAGGUUAAAGGCAGGUUUUUGGGUUCUUUUGGUUUUUCUUUUUCUUCCUCUACUGAUGUAUAGCCAUAUGCUUCCCAAAUUCUUUUAUUUCUUAAAUUUGCACAAUGCCACGAGAUUUCAGUAUAGAGAAUAGAGUGAGUGCCUAGAGAAAUGAGAAUAACUUCAGAACUUGAAUAAUUUGGCUACUCAUUUGCCUUGACAAUAAUGGAGAACAUGUCUUUGAA